GGAUUUCUCACACUGACUCAAAGCAGCAAUAUUAUGGAGGAUUGAGCGCCAAAAAAAGAGAAAGAAAGAUAGAGGGGCGUUUUUUCUUUCACGAACCUCUGGAUGUUACUGACGUUACGGGCAUCAGCGGGAUUUAAAAGAAAGGAGGAGGACAGAAAUGGCGUUGUGGACAAAUGGACCGGCGCGACCACCCCCCCAAACGUCACAGACUGUCGCUCAGUUUUCCCAUAAUUCAAUGCGGAACCAGCAACCUAGGAAUGCAAGUCUGUUAUGCCAAUACCUGACAGCAAACACAGGAUUCCGACCACAGCAGAGUGCUAACUUCACCUAUCACAAUGGAGCUCACCCCAACAGACAGCCAUCAAAUUGGCAGACCUCAUCAGUUUCUUCUUCUCAGCAGCCAUCUAGAGAAACGCUAAAUCAUCACCAAUUGUUGUUAAAGGGCAAAGUUGGGCAGCUCUCAUCUACUGAUACGCAAAGUGGGAACCCUAGUUUGCCAUACACUUAUGGAUUGCAGAACCCUGCUCAGACUUUUUACAGCCAGAGUCCAACUAACAGUGCUACAGUAAAAACUUCGUUGGCACAUUGGAACCAGACGGUCAGAGUUCAUGGCAGUCAAUCACUACGGAUACAGGAGGGUAACAUGCCUGUUCAGAAUGGCGUGUUUCACAACAUAAAUGGAAACUCAACUAAACCUGUUUCAGCUACCUUGCCGUCAUAUCAACAGAUGGCCUAUACCAGAAAAGAAGUGCCUGCUGCUGCUCCCAACUUGAAGGCUGCUUAUAACGACAACCAAAUACAAAAUGGCACCCAGCAUGGCUUUGCACCUUCCGAACCCCUCCCGAAUUAUAGUACUGCUGUCAACCAGUCGUCAUAUAAGGUCGACAUCAUCAAAACAAACCCAUCAUCAAGUGGACAGAAUUUGUCCAGCACAAGUCCAAAUACUCUACACUGCUACUCUAUGAACUCAAAUUCAUAUGACGGACAGCAUGAACGCAGCAACCAGCAAGUGAAUCCUCAAGUUGAAGCUCCAGAAGAAAUGCAACGAUGCAUUGCGAUUGCAACCAUUGAACAGUUUCUACGUGAUUUGCAACCUGUUGGAUCAGAGAAUCGUCCUCCAGUGUAUACUAGUUCACAUAACGUAGGGAUGCAGGCUAAUCAAUAUAUGCAACCCAUGGCACCUGAAAGUUAUAACUCAAAUAACUCCCAGUCCUUGCCAAUCAAUUCGGGGCAAUUUUUGCCUAAAACCAUCAACAGUCUUGUGUCAGCACAGCACACUGUAAAUGUGCCACCGCAGCAAAGCACUGUACCAAAUAUCUAUGUCACGGGAGAUGGAAGUGGAAAUGGAAGUAAGGGAGCCAAUGCAUUUUUUCCUAAAAACAAUGUUCGAUCUUUAAGUGAUACAGCUCAAUUGAUUCAGUUGCCUGAGGGCAUUUCACCACAGAGAAAUGAGACCCAGCCACCUGUAGCAGGCAGUCGUGAAAGGAUUGAAAUGCACCCAUCAGUCAAGGUAAAUGACUGCUCCAUGCAAUCAUCUCCUGGUCGCACAAGAGCUGUUGCUGUUGUGCAACCGUUGUCUCAUGACAGCUUCCAGGUUGCCAGCAAGCAAACCUGUUCUAACACCAUCAGUCAGUCAACUGAGGGAAUUGCAACAGAUGAAUCUUUAAGUAACCCUAAGGAAUGCCACAUUUCACCAAAAAAGAAAGAAAGGACAGUAGGAUCUGUUUCCCUAGAAAACCAAAAUCAAAUGAGUCCUGACAAAUCUGAAAAUGGGUAUUCAGAAGUAUCCAAUAAUGGUACACUUUUGCCGUCUUUAGAUUCAGCUGGUUCAGGCUUUAAAAAACAGUUGUGUACAUAUGAAGCAGGAUCUGAGCUGACUACAGACAUGCAAGUAGAGCAGCAUGUUGCACCAACUGCUCAACAAUCCGUAACCUCAGAAUUGCUAGUGACCCAAAACAAUGAUAAAGAGAAAGAAUAUCCAAAGGAGCUUUUUGAGCUUUCUUCACUCCCAACAGUCGGAUGGACACAUGCCAAGUUAACUAGGUUGAUUAAGAAGGUAGAAAACGCUCAGGAAAAGGCUCCGUUAAAAGAUUCUACAAAACCUCAUCCCAUAACCCAAAUGCUCAGCAUGUUUUGGGAUGGCAGCCUUGAAAAGUUCCAAGCGGAGCUCAAGACAGGUUUGUACAAGAAAUUAGUCUGUGAUGCCUCUGAAUUCCAACGCAACCACACUACGCCAGAUUCUGUUGUAUUGUCACAUAUAAAGUACAAACUUUGGUGGCAAGUCAAAAGAUACCAUGUCCUCAAACAUGAUGAAGUUUAUUCAGAACUGCCCUACAAAUCAUCAUGGUUGAAUGUCAAUUUGCAGCUAGAUGACAUUGACAAAGAGUUUGACUUCCCACCUUCCUUGAAGCAUCAUCUUCACACGCUUGAGAGUGGCAGUGAAGUGUCAGACGAGCUGUUGUCAUCAACAGAACUUGAACCACUUGUCCUAAGUGAAGAAGAAGAAGACUCCACUGCAUCUCCCAGUAAAAUGGAGAGUGAUGAUUCUAGUGACCCAUAUUACUCAUUUGAAAUCCAGGUUUUGCCUCCAGAAGAAGCCAAAGUUAUCUUUGAACAAUCAAAAAGCAAGCUGCCCCAAAGUAUGGAAAAAGAUAAUCAGCCACAGAAAGUCACAAAAAGCUCUGUGGAGGAUGAACUAUCUAAAAUUAUAGAUACAUCAUUGAGUGAGAAAGAACCGAAGAAUAAGCCAGCCAGUCAAAUAGAGCAGGUUUGCUGCAUUUCAAAGUGGAUUGAAAUGAUUUCUGGGUCAUUACCAGAAUCAUUGAGUAAAUGUAAAUGCAAGACCAAGCAGAGCCAUAAAAAUAUUACUGACAAGACCCUUGUGUGUGCCAUCAGAUCAGACGGUCAACUCUACUCUGCCACAAAUGGAGACAAUCAAGCGAAUAGUCGGGAGAAGUUCGACAAGCAGGUUGUGACACUUGGUUGGUCUGAGCAGUGCAGUGAACUCAGUGACGUCAUUGACUUGACUGAAAAUGACGACAACCCUCACUCAGAUUCUGACAAAGAACCAGAGGACAUUUCCCACAUGAGCAUAAGUAGUUGCCAGUCAAGCACUACACUCACAUGUGAAAAUAAAGACGACCUGUUCGGCAGUGAAAAGGAAAUGUUCUGCCAGAUGCCAGACUUUAUGAGUGAUUCUGAAAAAGCUCUGGUGAAAGUGACAGAAAGUAGCCAGUCAUGCGGAUCAGACGAGACAGAAACCAAAACACUCUCCAGAAGUGAUACUGAAAUUCGGCCAGACCCUGAGGUGGAUAAUGUACAAGAUCAGUUGGCAUCUACAGGAAAUGCACAGUCAUAUACAUCAGUCACUCGUGACACCGAAAUGGAAAGUCUCUUCAGCAGUGAAAAUGAAGUUGCCAGACAGAUGUCAGACCUGGAAGAAAAGUGUCGACAAGCUCAGCUGACAUACAAAAAUAAGUCAUCAUUGGAAACUGAAGAAAUAACUCAAAGUAUUGUGACAGGGGCCCUCCAGACAGCUUGUACUGGUAACAAUGAAACUGUUGAGAGAAACCGGAAGAGACAAAGAAGUCCUGAUAGAUUUCCUGAAUUCUUCAAUAAACCAAAGAAAAGCAAAUCCUUUGAGGGAAAUUCACAGUCUGGCAAGUUUUUUUCAGCAACACCCGCUAGAACUGCAGAUUUGGUACUGUUUGGCUCAACACCAAAAGCCAAGUGUGUUUCAGUGAGCAGCUGGAAGAGCGACGUUUCCUCUCCAGAGGGUGUGUCUUAUGCAGUUACAAGGCCUCCAACAGUUCUCACAGUGAAUCUCAGUCCUUUGAAGAUAAAGUACAAUGAAACUGGGGAAUCUUCAGUCAAACAUAAGAUUUACGAAAAAUGGAGUAGAAGUUUUCAACCGACUAAAAUGAGGCGCAAAAACAAAUUAAAAACCAAGAAGUGUGCCUAUGGCUCUUUGUCUGGAUGGAGACACAAGAAUGACAUGACAGUUUCCUCUGAAAUGAAGAUCUUGGAUGGACAACCUAAGUUCUGUCUGAAUCUGAAGAGGAGGAGGUCUGUUAUUGAUGAACACAAACACAAAGAGGAGGCAAAACGCACCACACUCAUCCAGUCUGCUGAUCAAGAAAGACGUCAGGCCGACAGUGGAAGUGAUGCUGCCGUGCCUCUCCAGAGCAAGGAUGUCCUGAAGUUCAGUGUCUUACCCAACACCUUCGACUUCCAAGAUGGAUCUUUCAGGAAAAAGAAACCCACACAUCCUGUUCCAUACAAGCCUGACCCUGUUGGAAAAAAAGACCAGCGCCACAGACCAAUUGUCAGCACAAGAGGUAUAUGGUUUCCAAAUCCUGAGAAGAAGUAUCGUCCACUUUCUCCUGCCGUCCCCAAGACCAGCAGCCUCUUCAAUGAAUAUCAGAAGAAAUACAAGAAGAAGACGGUCCCAUACAUGGAUGAAUAAUAUGACGGGGAGAAGUUUUGCUGGACAGUGGAAAUUCUUCAUCUGAGGAAUUUGCUUCUGAAAAUGGCAACAUUAUCUUUUUGCACUGUAUAUAUUAAAGGAUUAAAUUGAAGUUCUGUGCCAGUUCUGUGAACUGUUCAUCGUACAUGUGGAAGUUCAGUUGUUUACAUGCUUUUUAAAGCUUUUAUGCUAUUUUUAUAUGUUCAUAUUUUUGUACAUUAACUGUAUUUUUCUACAUUAUCUGGAUCUAGACAAAUAUAUAUUUUUUAUAAAAAACAUGAAAUGUGACAUAGUUUUGUAACUGUGUGUUUUUAACAAAAAUAAAAAUCACAUUUUUAAAACACUCUUUAAUGUUUUUCAACCAUAAGAGGAAAAAAUAUUACUUAAAUAAAUGAAUAACUGAAUAAAAAGACAUAAACUGACAAGACAUUACAUAUAUUAACAUAAGAAUUGAAUCAAUUAAA